AGGGCACAGUGCAGGGGGAAUCAUGGGAGAUGUAGUUCUGAACUAUGCAAAGCGAGUAGACACCCAGGAAGUGCAGCAGAUGAAUGGAAACAUUGAGAGAACUGUGUCCAGGUGAACAGGGAGGACAGUACAUUCAGACUGAUCUUGAAUACAAUGGAAGAAAGACCUCUAGACCUUAUCUCUCUAUCUUAUAUAAGUGAUCACAUUGGCUUUUAUGGAACCAUUAAAAAUGCCCCGUCCGACUUUGUAGUAACAGAGGUGGAUCUCACUGGUCGGCUUGUUACAAACGUCCAUGGGGAAGAUUUAGAAACACAGUGGAAUAGUGAAGAAAACUACAAGAAGGCCAAGGUAUGCCCAAACACCACUGAAGCUAACAUUGAAGACGCACUUGAUGGAGCUGAUAGAGAUAUAUGUGAGGCCGUGGAGAAAGAAAAUAAUGUUUUUGAAGAGCGGGAUCUUCUUGAACAUGAAGUAGACCAAUAUAAUAUACUUAACACUUUGUUGUGUCUAGAUGUGCAGGAAGCCUUAACUAACUUUGCACGUUCAGUAAGAUCUACCUUUCAAUCUAAAGUAUCUGAAGGUGAACAACGUGAACUGUCUUUGGGGACGUUUUCGGACAAACAUGCCAGAGCCAUUCUCCAUGGUGCUGUGCGACAGACGUUCCCGUUCCUUCUCACUUUUACCAGAAGCACCGAGGUUCUUGUUAAACCAAACCUGGAUUACCAAGAGCUUUCCUUGCUGACAUCUGAAGAGGAAGCAGACAAAUUCUUUACAUUUAUAGAUGCAAAAGUGGAAAACUCAAGGUUUACAUUUGAACCAGAUGUGCGUAAAGAACACAGGACAUCUGUACAUCAUUUCAUCAGUAAGAAAUUUGGGAAGCUGGUAGAAACCAAGUCCUUUUCUGAGAAAGGCUCUGAUGCGCUGCAGAAAGUGUGUAUAACUGUGAGAUUCCGGGAGAAAAAGGGCUCAUCUGGAAAGAGACAGAGAUCAGAGGAAAAAGCUGACAUAUUUACAGCGUUUACCCUUGAGAAAGUGAACCUGGAAACUCUGGAAGCCAUAAGUUACCUGGCCUCUUCACUUGGCGUGCUCCCCUCGGACUUUAGCUAUGCUGGUAUUAAAGAUAAGAAAGCCGUGACUUCUCAGUCUGUUGUUGUAAAGAAAAUUUCUCCAGAAAGACUGCAUAGUGUUCAAUGUUUACUUGAAAAAAAGGGGAUGAAGAUAUACAACAUCCAUCCUACUAAGCAGCACUUACAUCUUGGUCACUUAAGUGGGAACCAUUUCAACAUUGUUGUGAGAGGUGUAAGAUGUCAUAGUGGUGAUACAUUAGAAGACCUUGAGAAGACAGUUGAUGAGGCGGUACAGAAUGUCAAGAACAGAGGCUUUAUUAACUAUUAUGGGCCACAAAGAUUUGGGAAAGGGCUGAACGUGCAGUCGCAUAAAAUUGGAUUAGCUUUACUAAAAGAAGAAAUGGCACAGGCUGUCAAAUUGUUCUUCACGCCUGAAGAACAUGACGAUCCUGUAAAUAAAGCAAAAACUUUUUUUUGCCAAAACGAGGAUAUUAAAGGUACCCUUGCACUAAUGCCAGCCUAUAAAGUCCGUGAGAGAAUGAUGCUGCGGGCACUGAAUAGAUAUGGGAUGAAUGAUGAGGGAUGUCUACGAGGAUGGCUCAGUAUUCCACAUUCCAUGAGGAUCUUCUACGUCCACGCAUAUUGCAGUAAGGUCUGGAAUGAAGCUGCAUCUUAUAGAAUAGCUACCUAUGGCACCGAAGUUGUAGAAGGGGACCUUGUACUUCACAACCAGGAUGCAAAUGAAACAACUUCAUUGAGUGACAGAGUUCAUAUUGUUACAGCUGUAGAAGAGGAAGAAAGAGUUUAUUCUAUACAUCAAGUAGUGCUUCCAAUGCCUGGACACAGUAUCAGAUAUCCUACUAAUCAGGUUGGACAGUGGUAUAAAGAGGCGCUUGCCAGUGCUGGGUUGCAGUCCUGUAAGUUUCGAAUUGGCACGUUGCAGUUGAAUGUUCCUGGCUGUUACAGAUCUAUAAUAAAGUUUCCACGUAAUUUGAUUUAUGAAACUGUUACAGAGAUUAAUGACCAAAGCCAGGAGAAAGCAUCUGAACAUACAGCAUUAAAGCUGUCAUUAACCUUAGAUUCUUCCUGUUAUGCUACUGUUUGUCUUCGAGAGAUGAUGAAGUGCAACUUUUAAUGCUCCAUGAUCUGUGAUUGUAAAUUUUAUUUGAUGUUAAAUAAAUAAACAAAGAA